AAGAAGCAGCAACUCCGGGAUCAGGACUUGGUAGAAGGGCGAAUAUAGUGGUUGGCUUCUUGACGCUUCAAGCACCACUCACCUACUCCGAUCGAAGAACCCUCAGCUGCCAAUUAUAACUCGAGCAAAGGCACCUCGAUAGCUAGAGCUAAGUCUAUCCAAGAUAUACGACCAGAAAGGAUGACAUCAACGUCCGAAGCCAUGAACGGAGAUACAAAGUCAGCAGUCGGUCAGAUACAUGAGAAUGGCGUCAACGGGACUGGAACCAGCAAGGGGACCAACGGGGACGAUGCUGCCUACGUGCCCGAGGUUGUGAAACCUGCUCCUCAGGUCCAGGCGCAGGCCACACCGGCUGAAACGUCUUUCGAGGCUACUCAAAGGCAAAACCGACUGAACUUCCUCUUGGAAAAGUCUGGCGUGUACGCCAAGCUCAUCGGCGACCGAAUGGAGAUCCAGAGGAAGAAACGGGUCGAAGCCGAACAAAAGGCGGCUACGAGGAAGCUGAACAAGGAGCAAAAGGCUGCGACUACCGCUGGACAAGGUCGGCGGGUUACCGCUCGUGCGACGGCGAAGAAGGAGGAUCCUACCAAUUCGGCCGAGCCUGCAGUUUCCGUUUCCGUACCGGCGAAGAGGAAGCGGUCGUCAGCGAAAGAGGCUGUCAAGGAAGAAGAAGGAGAGCCGGUCGAAGAGGAAAAGGCUCCCAGAGUGGACGACGAGGCCGAAGCCAAGAAGCCGUAUCAUGGGGAACAGCCUGCGUUGGUCACCGGGGCCACGUUAAAGUCGUAUCAAUUGGCCGGUGUUCAGUGGAUGGUGUCGCUGUAUGAAAACGGGUUGAACGGGAUCUUGGCGGAUGAGAUGGGACUCGGAAAGACGAUCCAAACUAUCUCAUUUAUGUGCCAUCUGAUCAAUAACAACGCACACGGACCGUUCUUGGUGGCAUGUCCCUUAUCAGUCCUCUCCAACUGGAUCAAGGAAUUUCAGAAAUUCGCUCCCCUUGUGCCGGUCCUGAUGUAUCACGGUACCCCAGCCGAACGUGCCGAGCUCCGUGAAAAGAAGAUGGGCCCGCAUCUUUUGGACAUUCCGCUCGCUCGUAAAAAGCCGAUUCCUGGUGGGACCGGUACCAUUCCCGUCUUCCCGGUUAUCUGUACCACGUACGAGAUGAUCAUCAAGGAUCAGAAAUACCUCAGUCGAUACAAGUGGAAGUUCAUCUUUGUCGACGAGGGACAUCGUCUAAAGAACCUGAACUCCAAGUUGAUUCAAGAGCUGAAGUCGUACCGAAGUGCAAAUCGAUUGUUGUUGACGGGUACCCCGCUACAUAACAACCUCAGCGAGCUGUGGUCCCUCUUGAACUUUAUCAUGCCGGAUAUCUUCGACGACCUAGACACAUUCCAGCAAUGGUUCGACUUCCAAGACAUGAAGCAGGGCGGCAACAGCGAAUUUCUGGCUCAAGGGGAGAUCGUCACGCAAUUGCACAACAUCCUCAAGCCCUUUUUGCUGCGGCGACUCAAGACGGAAGUCGAGCAGAACCUGCCUCCGAAGAAAGAAUAUCUGCUAUAUGCGCCCUUAACGCAGCAGCAGAACGACAUCUACAAGGCUAUUGUCAAUCACGAGAUCCGAGACUACCUCAUCGCGAAGAAAAUUGCCGAUGGAGGUGCCGACCUGGAAGACGAUUCCAAUGAUGUCUCGGCUGCCACGUCAGAAACCGAGGCCGAGGAGACUGGAAACCGUUCGAGUCGCAGGCUCGCCAAGAGGGCGAGGUUCGACUAUUCGAGGGAUAGUAACGACAAGGAUUUCCUCGAGGGUAUCGAAAGCGGUGAUGCGUCCAAGAUGAACAUGGUUGCUCCGAAGAUCGAAAAGACGGCUCGACAACUCGGUCAAGAAUGGGCCGUCAAGGAGGCCAAUAAAACCGUCAAUAACAUGAAACUGCAGAAUAUGAUCAUGCAGCUUAGAAAGAUUUCGAGUCAUCCUUUCCUCUUCGAUUGGCCUCGCGAUCAGGAUACUGGAGAUCUCAUCGUCGACGAUAACCUGGUCAACGCAAGCGGCAAAAUGCUGCUGCUGCAGAGGCUGCUCGAUGCUCUCUUUGACCGGGGUCACAAAGUUCUGAUUUUCUCCCAAUUCACGACGAUGUUGGAUGUGAUAGAAGACUGGGCCAACAUCUUCAAGAACUGGAAGACUUUCCGAAUCGAUGGUACCACGAAACAGCCCGAUCGACUGGAGCAAAUGGAGGAGUUCAAUAACGCUGGGGACUCUCCCGACGCUUGCAAGCUAUUCCUCUUGUCUACCCGGGCUGGGGGUCUGGGAAUCAAUCUGGUCGCUGCCGACACCGUGAUCUUUUUCGACCAAGACUGGAGUGAGUUGAUGACAGCGUCGUGGGCAGUUUACAGAUCCGCUGUCAAAUCGUCGCUGACGUUGCUAUUGUUCCUAUCAGACCCUCAAGCGGAUUUGCAAGCUCAAGAUCGAGCUCAUCGUAUCGGUCAGACUCGACCCGUACUGGUCUUUCGACUGGUGACAGCUCACACGAUCGAGACCAAGAUCUUGAAAGCGGCGGGCAACAAGAGGAAGCUGGAAGCCAUGGUCAUCUCGAAGGGCAAGUUCGGGGCUGUUGGCGCCAACGGAGAAAUCCUUCUCGGUCGAGAGGCGAAAGGCAAAGCGAAGUCGGUCGAAGAGAUGGCGAAGGAGCUCCUAGACCUAGAUAGCGAGGAGAUCACCCUCGCAACAAAGGACGACCGAGUCAUCAGCGACGAGGAUCUCGAUAUGCUUCUCGACAGAUCUCCCGCGGCCUAUGCCCGAGAACAGGGCUGGUCUGCUGGUCUCCUUGGGCAGAGUUCCGAAGCGGCGAAGCAGGACAAGAAGACUAAGGGAGACCGCACCGCGUUCGAGGUCUUUGCGCCGCAGAUGGCUGAUGGAAACAAGCAGCUUGAUAACCUGUUCUCUGGCGAAGGGGCAUAGCAGCUUGACAAUUCGACAAAUCAUUCUCUGACGAGGGCGCAUAGCAUAAUCUUGUAUCUAGAUAGAUGAAGCAGUUG